GUAAUGACACAAGUGAGAAAACGCACUGUGCUGGUGACAAGAAAAUAGAAACAGAGAUUGUAACAUCACCAGUAUCUUCACUGGAAAUUGUGUAGCCUGCGGAUGUCACUGUAUACUGCAGACUGACUACAAAAACAUGAAAACUGAGAGGGUGGACUUCAAUUUGUCUUGCAACUCCACACUUAUAUGGCUCGCAGGGACAGCAAACUACACGUUUUGGAUAAGAAGAGCGCACAGAGUUUGACACCUGGAUAGCCGCAAAGAGUCGGCCAGCAUGUCAUCCAGCUCCACGGCUGAUAAUCUGUGUGAACCGCAUGACCACCUCUGCAUUGUAUUGGAGCACAUGCAGGCGGUGAUCAUCGUCCCUACAGUGCUCCUCCUGGGAACCCUGAUCACCUUACUGGCCCUGUGCUUACUGAAGUACUACGGACCCAAACAGAACCGGACACAGAUCACAGCCCCUAAACCCUACCACAGCUCAUCGAACGGACCCAAUCAGAGGCACAGCCACAGACGUCACCUACAGGGCGUUGAUGCUCCCACAGGGAUAAACCCACUGGAACAUGAAGAGUUGCCGAUGUCAGUUCAACAAGUGCAGCAGAUUGUCAGGCCAACUCUGGCUGCAGUACCUCAGAUGUCCACAGAGAGGCAUCAUGGAGCCUUUAACCAGGUCACUGCCCUGCCAGUGUCCUUCUCCAUCAGGCCUAAUGACACAGUCAGCCUAUACAGAGCCAGAAUGGACAACAGAGAGGUCAUCCUGAGGGUUCUGAAAGAGAAAGCAAACAGCAGUGAGAAGCAGCACUUUUUGGGUUUUGCUUCCUUCGUGUCAGGACUGGGGCGGCACCCCUCCCUACCUGAGCUGCUGGGUGUGGUUUCAGUGCAGCCGCCCCUCAUGAUGGUCGUCGAAGAGCUGCAGCACAGGGAUCUGCUGGGGUACCUGUGGAGAUGUCGACAGGAUAACUCGAGUUUAGAGUCUUCAUGUGAAAUGACAGAGAAGAGGAUCUUCACCAUGGCAGGACAAGUGGCCUCUGCUCUGGAGUACCUACACAGUCAGAACUGCAUCCAUGGCAACGUGGGAGCACACAGCGUUCUGGUUGAUGGAGAUCUGACAGCGAAGCUGUGGGGAUUGGGCCCAGCCUACCGCAGGAGAACACAGGCCGUUACACCGGGGCAGGACAUGGAGAUGAGGAAGUGGCAGGCCCCAGAAGUGCUAGGCAGAAGAGCCGUCAGUCAGAGCAGUGAUGUAUGGUCCUUUGGUUUACUUCUCUAUGAAAUGGUCACACUAGGUGACCCACCAUUUGCCCAGAUCGUGGCGAAUGAACUUCUGCAGUAUCUACAAAGAGGAAAGCAUCUCAAACAGCCAGCCACCUGCUCCAACUCACUGUACUCCAUCAUCAAGGCCUGCAGCAAUUGGCGCCCUGAACAACGUCUCUCAACGUCGGAGCUUAUUAGAACACUUCAGGCGGGAGAGAAAUCAGCCAAUGGGCGCACAGUUCUCAGAGUGCCCGAACCACUGGACAUCGAGAAGUACCUGAGGGAGGCGGGAUAUGAAGAGGCAUACAACUAUGCUGUGCUCUAAUUCGCUGAGAGCGGCAUCAGUCUGGACUACAUUGGUACUGUUCAUAGAUAUAUGGGUACUGUUACUACCAUCGUAAUGUACGCUAUUGGUGCAUCAUGCCUCCUCGACUCCCCCACUUGCCUCCUUUCCUCGUCUUAGUCCCUUCCUCUGAGGAGGAACGGGAGGGACGCAGGAAAUCAUGCAAGGAGAGAGGAAUCGAGCAAAUGUGUUUUAGAGAAAUGAGACGUCCUUUCCUCUGAAGAGUCACAUAAAUACGCCAGAUGUUUGGGCGGAGCAAGUAACUCUUUCAGCUGCACGGCUUCCCGGAAGGCUGCACUCGUGUAUCCUCGCCUAUAGCUCCACUAAGAUCCCUCCUCGAUGCUCGUUCCUCAGUCCUCCGGGCAGAAAUAAGAGGGACAGAACAACUUCAGCUUCAGCGGAGGACCGAGAAGUGGAUGAGCUAUCAAAUAAGUGUCAAUAGAUGCAGCGUGUAGGUCUGGCAAUGGGCAACUACCCUAAGGACAUCUGCAAGAAUUAAGAAUUAAUGAAAAAGAACUUUUUAGAACAUAUUAGAAAAUGCAUAUUGUUUAUGAAACACAUUUUUAGUUUUCCAUUUGUUUGUACUGUUGGAACACUUUAACAUUUAUGUUUGUAGAGUAAUAUAUGGACUGUAAAUAUGUAUUUUUCUGUAAACCAAAUCUUUGGUCAUCUAAAAAAAUAAUAUAAUGAAAGAAAGCAAUGCAAGUUCUAUCAAACUAGUUAGCCAGAAAAACUAAACAAAAUGUCAGCUGCAAACAGUUUGACAUACUCCUGCAAUUAAGGUUAUGUGUAUUACCCACCAAUCCAGAAAAGCAGAUACGACGACUGCCGUCAUCAAUAAAUGAUCAAUUGUCAUCA